UGUCCCAACCAAUUGAUCCUACAAAAAUUCAGAAAGCCAUCUGGGAUAAAUUGAAUCUCCCUAAAUCGGAAUGGGAUCGCACCAGUGAAUUCGAUAGAGCUCCCAAGAUAUUGAACAUCAUGAAGAGAAAGAGUUUUCUGCUCUUUUUGGAUGACGUAUGGGACGAAAUAAAUCUCUUGAAUAUUGGCAUCCCUUAUCGCGGUCAUCAACGGCAGUCAAAGAUCAUCUUCACAACCCGAUCAGGGGAAGUAUGUGGUCUAAUGCAAGCUGAGAGGACAAAGAAGAUUGGUUGUUUGCCACGAGAUAAAGCCCUCGAACUAUUCCGAGAGAAGGUGGGUGAAGAAACUUGGACCGCCCAUGUUGAAAUCCCAAGGCUUGCCGAAUCUCUAGUUAAAGAGUGCUCGUACUUGCCGCUUGCUCUUAUUACUGUAGGGGCAGCUAUGGCCGGUAAGAAGCAUCCCGAUGAGUGGGGACGAGCUAUUAAAUAUUUGGAGAAUCGCCCAUCAGACUUUACAAGAAUGACAGAAAGGGUGCUCUCCGUGCUAGAAUUUAGCUAUGAUGCUUUGCCAAAUGAAACGCAGAAGAAGUGCUUCUUGUAUUGUUCAAUAUUCCCAGAGGAUUAUGUAUUUGAUGUGGAUGAGUUGAUUGAUCUAUGGAUGGGGGAGGGCUUUCUCAGCGAAUGUGAAUGUUCACAUGAAGCACGUGAUUGGGGAAUCGAUAUAAUCAGAUACCUCAUACGUGUUUGUUUGUUGGAGGUAGUUGACGAGGGUAUUGGCGAAGAUUUUAAAAUGCAUGAUGUAGUUCGAGAUAUGGCUUUAUGGUUGGUAUCUGAGCAUGGGCAGAAGAAGAAUAAGAUAGUAUGUUUGGAAAAGCAGAGGUCCUUUGAGCCGAAGGAAUUUAUGAAGUGGACUAAUGCAGAAACAAUUUAUCUCCAGCUUGGGUAUCAAAAGAUGGAAAACUUCGCUGUAAACACUCCCGGCUUUUUCCAGUCUAUCUACUCUGAUAAUACGAGGAACCAGCAUGAAUACAUUUCCAAGGAUUUCUUUUCUUCCAUGCCAUUGUUGAGAGUGCUGGAUUUGUCAUCCAAUAGUGACUUGGAAGAUUUACCUAAUGAUAUUGGAGCACUAGUAAAUUUGACGUACCUUGAUUUGCGGUGGACAAGUAUAAUCAAGCUGCCUGUGGAGCUGAAGACACUGACAAAGUUGGGUGUUUCUGCUUUUAGAUGAUAAAUGUGAUGUUCCGAGGGGACUGAUCCCAAGUCUUCCAUCCUUAAGAGUGCUUUGGAUGUCUCGUCCACAAAUA